UUGCUUUUGAUUUUGAUUGUCCUUUCAGGUUCAAUCGACCAUUUCCCAAUCAACAAAUUUUAUUGGAUUGAAGCUGAUACCUCAGGUAUGGGCAAUGCCCCAAGUUUAUCAAGAUGGACCUUUUGGGGUUUAGCUAGUGAACAAAAUGGUAAAAACUCCAAGGAAACAUUAUCUCCAGCUUAUCCAUUCUCACCAGUUGAUAACUUUGAUACUACUGAAAAUGUUCCAAGUGACUUCGUCAGCAACAGAGACACCUAUUACUAUUUAACUAGAUUUGCAUUUGCAUUCUUCUGGAUUGCCUUAGCUUUUGUUGGUGUCUCAUUAUUGAUCAGUAUCUUUUCAGUCUUUUCUUACUCAAUCAUUAAAGUCAACUCAUGGUUAACAACUUUAGCCCUUAUCUUUGAUGCCGGUGCUGUUGCUUUCAUGACUGCUGCUAUUGUUUUAGGUAGAUCAGCUUUCAAAAGUGAAAACAGAUAUGUUCAUUUAGGUCCUGCUUUGUUAGGUAUCGCAUGGGCUUCUGUUGCAGUCUUGAUCAUUUUAUUCUUUGUUUCAUGGGGUGAAUUAAUCUCAGCUUCUUACAAAAAACACAAAUCUAGAGUUAGAGCUGAAAAAGGUGAAGAAGCUUACAUUCCACAAAAUCAACAAAAUGAACCAAUUCCUGCACCACCAGCUGCUGGUCAAACUGAUUACACUGCCGAAGAUCCAUAUGCUCAACAAAAGCAAGGUACUUUAAACAACGAAAGUGGUAUCAAAUUUUUCAAAAUUAGACGUCACAACAAAGAAGAUGGUGAAUCAGUAUAA